AUGGCGAAACGAGUGACUCUGUUCGACCCUCCAGCGCUGGAUGGGUCCAAGGCGCCAAUCGAGAAUGUCUUGGAACUGACGCCAGUUGUUGACAUUGGGCCGGACGUCUUCACCAACACUCGCCCCCUAUGGCACCCCCCAGGCGCACGAGGCAUCUACGGGGGCGCCGCAAUCGCCCAGUCCCUCUCGGCCGCCAUGCGCACGGUGCCGACCGAUUUCGCCGUCCACAGCAUGCACUGCUACUUCGUGCUGGCGGGGGAUUCCGAGAUCCCGAUUCUGUAUCAUGUCGAGCGGGUGCGCGACGGGCGCAGCUUCAUCACCCGGACGGUGCAGGCGCGGCAGCGCGGCCGGCCCAUCUUUACGACCACCCUGAGCUUCAGCAAGGCGAACAGCGGCGGGAAGAAGAAGCUGGAGCACGCGACGCACAAGCCUGAUCUGGCCGAGCCGGUUGACGGCACCCGGGUGUCGCUGGAGGAUAGCCAGGGUCCGUUUGAGACGCACCGGGCGGGGACGGUGAACCGCGACUCGCCCAACCCAGAAGACAAACGGGUGCGACGGUUCGCGCGGGCGCGCGGGCGCAUCUCCGACGCCGGCGGGCACCAGGCGCACCUCUCGGCGCUGGCGUACAUCACGGACAGCUACUUCAUCGGGACGGUGGCGCGGGUGCAGAACAUCCCGCGGUUCUCGUCGCCGGCGGAGCUGCGGGCGGCGCUGCAGGCGCUCAAGAACCCGUCCGACCUGGACGACGAGGACAUUGCGCGCGCCAUCACGGAGCUCAAGGAGGAGGAGGCGGCGGAUCUGCGGCGGCGGCUGGAGGGCGCGCUCACCAAGGCCACGGCGGAGACGCAGCAGGCGGACCGGAAGGAGGUCGGCAUGAUGGUCAGCCUCGACCAUACGAUCUACUUCCACAACCCGUGGACGUUCCGGGCCGAUGAGUGGAUGCUCAUGGAGAUGGAGAGCCCGUGGGCUGGGGAGGGCCGCGGGUUGGCGAUUCAGAAGAUCUGGUCGAAGGAUGGGACUUUGAUUGCCACGUGCACGCAGGAGGUAUAUGUUCAUAUCCCGUUCCCGUUCCCUUUCCCCUUCCCCUUGGCCUUCGGAGCGGGGCGGUCCAGAGUAGACUCGGAACAGGUUUUCUAA